AUGGGUGUGGUCGACAUAUUGCAGGGACUGGAAUGUGACCAGGUUCUGAGACCAAUAAAUCUGAGGGUCAUGCGCCUGCAGCCAAGCCAAACCGAGGACCACAAGGAAAUGCAGGCCCAAAGCAAUAUAAAAUUGGAUGGUCUCUUCCUGCUUCCCGAGGACCAGGCACAAGGACUGCAUGGCGGCCUUGAUAGGCCCAGACAGAAGCACCCAGCCAUCAAUGGUCUUGACCCGCAUUGGUGGGUCCACCGGACAAAGAGGGACGGCGUACUUAGUAGCAAACAUCACGUCCAUAAAGUUCGUGGUAGCCCCAGAAUUGACCAAGAUGUUGAACUACGUAGCAUUCCUCCAGAAUCCCUUUCUGGAUAUGUCCUGAGUGAAAAGACCACAGCCACUGGAGAACAGUUCCUCAGGGAUGUAUCUGUGAUUUUUCACCCACAUGCUUUUCCCCAGAUGCCUGUCCUCACAUGGAGUCCUGAAGGAGUUCACCAUCCCCCAGAGAAGAGGAUACUUCUCACUGUAAUUUUAACCAUCCUGAUCUUUGAGACCUGUUCUGCUACUUCUUCAGUGACUUCCUUUGAUGUAAACAGGCUGAAGCCACAUGAAAGAGAGCUUGCAUCAGAAAAGGAUAUAGGCGUCAGAGAUGGGAAUGGGGUUGUUUCAGCCCUAUGGAUGAUGGACCUCCUGCUUCUGUUCCUGAUGCUGCUGGUGUCUCAGCCAGUCUCUGGGAAGCUGAGGAUGAAAUGCCCGCUGAGUUUCGAACACCAGGAGGAAAAAAACCCAUGGAGCUGUUAUAGACCAGGAGAUUAUCUUAUUGGCGUGGUGACCACUGCAACAAAAGAAUUGCGUAUAACGUUGCCUUUUAACACGGCUCCUUAUAUUCAAUUUGAUUCUACAUCUUCUGAUCACUCUAGAAUUCUACGCUUCAUUUUCACAACUGAACUUGUCAACAAGAAUGCCCAGCUCCUACAAAACCUCACACUGGGCUACAACAUCCAUGACAACUAUUUGAACCCACUUGGCACUUCAGAUGCCUUGCUGGACGUGCUUUCUACUGGAGAUGCCAAUGUUCCCAACUAUGGCUGUGGAAAGAAUGACCACCUUUUGGCUCUUCUCGAUGGAGCUGACAGGGACAUCUCCAUCCAGAUGUCAACAUUAAUAGGCACCUACAAAAUUCCACAGUGGAAUGAAAAGACAAAUGAUGAUUCCUUUGAACCAGAUCUUUUUGUGGAACCACAGUUUGGAGAACAGUCUUUUAGCUGUUCUUUUUCAAAGCAUGUCUUUUCUGUCAAAGGCCGGAGAAGGUGCAUGCAGAAAGCACCUCUGGAGACCAAAGAGGAAAGGAACAGCAUCUGGGUCCGAUAUACUCGCCAUGUUUACAGUUUUGUUAAUACUCUGGCCCACACCUUGAAUGCUGCAUAUUCCUCCAUUUCCAGGAGAGGAAGGAAAGAAGAGAGGUUGAGGGCUUCAAGGUUGCAGCCAUGGCAGUUCCACCCCUUUCUGGAGAAGAAUGAGUUUUGCAAUCUUUCCCAGCGGAAACUGUACUUGGACCAAAAUGGAGACGUAGCGGCAGAUCUGAACAUCAUGAGUUGUGUCGUUCUCCCACAGAUGGAUGUCACUGUGGAGCAAUUGGGGUCUUUUGAAAGACAGAAACUUAUUCUUAACCAAGAUCAUCUGUCCCACCUAAAAUUGUUAAACAAGAUUGUCAAAGCCAACAACCGAGACCUCUCCUACAUACUUUUGAUCUCCCUCUUGUUUUGCUUCUUGUCCUCCUUUCUCUUCAUUGGUCAACCAAGGAAAGUCACCUGCCUUCUCCGACAAACGGUGUUCAGCAUUGUUUUCUCAGUAGCCGUGUCUUCUCUGUUGGCCAAAACGAUCACAGUAGUGCUGGCUUUCCUGGCCACAAAACCAGGGAACAGGGUGAAGAGAUGGUUAGGGAAGAGCUUGGCCAACUCCAUCAUCCUUUCUUGUUCCAUUGUCCAAAUUACCAUCUGCUCCAUCUGGCUGGGAGUUUCUCCCCCAUUCCCUGAGUCUGACCUGUACUCCCAGCCUCGACAGAUUGUCCUUCAGUGCAAUGAAGGAUCUGUUACCAUGUUUUAUGUUGUCCUUGGCUACAUGGGUUUCCUAGCUGCCAUUUGCUUCAUAGUUGCUUUCCUGGCCAGAAAUCUGCCUGGAGCCUUCAAUGAAGCCAAGUUGAUCACCUUCAGCAUGCUGAUCUUCUGCAGUGUUUGGGUCUCCUUCCUGCCCACCUACCUUAACUUUAGUACUAUGAUGGACGGAAUUCGCCAUGUCCAUUUUGCACUUGAAGGUCUGCCACAACCCAUUGAAGGGAAAAUCUGGAUCAUCACACUUUUUGGACAGUUGCCAGUAAGAAAACAUAGACUUUACGAAUACGUUCAUAGUAUUUGGCGCUUUUAUAUACAGGAAAGAGGGUAUGAAGAUACCUUUCAAGAAUUUAUCUUUGUGGAACCACAAUUUCAAAACCGUUCUUUUCACUGUUCUUUUUCAAAGCACACCCUUUCUGUUAAAGUCCGAAGAAGAUGCACACAGAAAGAGCCACUGGAAACAGAAGAGAAAAGAGGCAGUCAUGAGUACAAAAUUGACCACCGUGCUUAUAGUGUCAUUAAGACUCUGGCCUAUGCCUUGAAUGCUGCAUAUUCCUCCAGAUUCAAGAGGAGAAGGAAGAAGAGGUUGGUGGCUUCAAGACUUCAGCCAUGGCAGCUUCAUCCAUUUCUGAAGAAGAAUGCAUUUUGCAAUUUUUCUGAGAUGAAAAUGUAUUUGGACCAAAAUGGAGAUCUGAUAGCAGAUCUGAAUAUUAUGAGCUUGGUGGUUUUCCCCGAUGAGAGUAACUAUGAAGAGCAAAUGGGAAGUUUUGAAAGGCAGAGGCUUAUCAUCAGCCAAGAGAGUCUUUCUUUGCUAAAGUGGUACGACAAGAAUCUCAACAUCUUAGAUCUAGAAUCUCAAGAAUAUCUGCUGCUUCAUCCCUUUCUGAAGAAGAAUGCAUUUUGCAAUUUUUCUGAGAUGAAAAUGUAUUUGGACCAAAAUGGAGAUCUGAUAGCAGAUCUGCAUAUAACGAGCUUGGUGGUUUUCCCUGAUGAGAGUAACUAUGAAGAGCAAAUGGGAAGUUUUGAAAGGCAGAGGCUUAUCAUCAGCCAAGACAGUCUUUCCUUGCUAAAGUGGUACGACAAGCUUCAAGGCAGCCAUAAUGGCUGCCUUGUCUUUGUCUUUGGUAAAGAGGGAACAAACUCUGGGAUCAGCAUGAGAGCCGCCGCUCUCCGUGACCUGCAGGAUGCCCCUCCUUUCUAUGUCACCCCUACAGGGUGA